UUGAAAAUUUCUCUUUCGAAUACAAACUAUAGUUUUUCUUUUUCUUGACAUGCUUAUUGGAAACAAUUUUCUCUACUCGAUUCUUUAUUUGCAUAGUUUCUAGUAAUAUUGAAAAGAUACCUACUGUAUAUACGGAACUGAAUAGCAGCUAUAAGAAAGUAGCUGUUUUGCUACUCUUAUGAUCAUAUGUCAAAUAUAUAUGAACGUGUUUUUCAUAUGAUUUAGGUAACAACAAAUGAUAAUGAUCUUCCAGCUUCUUGAGAAAAACCAUUUGCUGCUAUUCGUCAUCAGUGUCCAAAAUCCUUUUUGAAUCGAACAAGUCUUGUUUGUCAUUGUCACCGUCAACAUGAUCAACAUCGUCAAAUAAAAUCCAGUAAAACAUCAUUACGUUCAGGUUCAUCAGCACCCAAAUCCACUUGAUCGUGGUCGUCAUGCUACAGAUACAUCAUCACUUAGUUGUUGUUCAAUAAAAUUUGUUCUUUCAAAUGAAUUUCUUCAUGAACAAUUUCAACAUUUGUAUAUUCAACAAUCUUUACAUACAAUUGAUAAAUUCACUGAAUGUUUUCCAUUACAUUCAGCUGUUUAUCACCAAGAACAACAACUUGAAAUCAAUGAUAAUAAUUUAUUAUGUAAUACAAUUCUUAAUGCUCAUGAAUUUGGCUUAACUUUUUAUCAAUUAUAUAAUAAAGUUAAAUAA